CUGACGUGUGAUUUGACAAAAUGCUGACAUGGAGCCUUAGAGGAUUAUGUCAAAUGUCGAGAACAGUGAAUCGUUUGAGAAUAUCAUGAGGAAGUUGAUAAAAUCAUACCGUACUGUUGUGCCAUUCAUUGGACCUGUGAGAGCUGGGGACGAAAUUCACAAUGCAUUCGGAAGUGGAAAUGGCGAAAAAUGAUAAGAAAUUGAAGUAUCCAACGUCCAUUUUUGCCAUUAUUAGCAGCGAAUUCUGCGAAAGAUUCUCGUACUAUGGAAUGCGGACAAUUCUGGCGUUGUACGUUAAAAACAAAUUAAACUUCAGUGAUGACACAUCGACAAUUAUUUUUCACGCUUUUACGAUGUUAGUGUACAUCUGUCCUUUGUUUGGUGCGAUGCUGUCUGAUUCAUUUCUUGGAAAAUUCAAGACUAUUUGUUACUUCGGUUUUAUUUAUUCUCUGGGCCAGCUGAUUCUUUCUGCUAGUGCUGCUCCAAUUUUUCGAUUGCCGAUGAGAGAAUUCUCGAUGAUCGGAUUGCUCUUCAUUGCUAUUGGAACAGGUGGAAUAAAACCAUGUGUUUCAUCACUAGGUGGAGAUCAAUUCACUCUCCCCGAGCAAGAAAAAGAGCUUGCAAUGUUCUUUUCAGUCUUCUACUUUACGAUAAACGCCGGAUCGCUUCUUUCUUCAGUCAUCACCCCAGAGCUGCGCAAUGGCGUUCAAUGUUUCGGAGACCAAGACUGUUACUCAAUUGCCUUCUUCGUUCCAGCGAGUCUCAUGCUUCUAGCAACAGUGAUAUUCAUCAUGGCUAAACCAUUGUAUAAGAUAAAGGAGCCAGAGGGAAACGUCGUCCUAAAUGUGAUCAGAUGUAUAUCGCACGCGAUCUGCAAAAAAUCAAAAUCAGAUGCGAUGACGAAACGUGACCACUGGCUUGACUACGCAGACGAUAAAUACGAUUCAAAGUUAAUUUUUGAUUUGAAAGCAGCCUUGGGGGUUUUAAAAAUUCUCAGCCCUAUGCCCAUAUUCUGGGCCCUCACUGAACAAUUGGGCUCCCGAUGGACAUUCCAAGCUGCCAGAAUGAAUGGAGAAAUCGGAAAUUUCUUAUUGAAACCUGAUCAGAUGCAAAUGUUCAACGCUCUUCUCAUUAUCCUUCUCAUUCCAAUAUUUGAAACUUACAUCUAUCCCCAAUUGGACAAGAUCAAAGGCUUGGACACCCAGUUGAAAAGAUUAACGACUGGUGGAAUGCUGGUUGCUCUAUCAUUCCUCAUUUCUGCUCUUGUAGAACUGAAGCUGGAGACGACUUAUCCAGUUCUUCCUACGAAUGGCUCGGCGCAAGUGAGAAUAUUCAAUCCGAGGGAUUGCCAGCUGUCUAUUGCGAUAAAUAAUCAAUCUGUAGUCAUUGACUCUUUCGGCAUCUGGGAAAACACUUCCAUCGCUGUGAGAGGUCAUCAAUCAAUACCGUACGUGGCUGACUAUUCAAAAUGCGGUGGAAACGAAAAAUCUGAAGGUUCGAUCAUAGCUGUGGAGGGACAGGCAACCUCAUACGUACUCGAGCCAUCAACUCCUUAUUUCUACGAGGAAUAUGUCAACAAGACCAGCAGUGGACACGCCACACUUCGGGUACUGACCUAUAAUACCAUCAGCUCCAAUGCAACCACCAAGGUUCAAUUAUCGGGUUUGAAAUUCGUGUUCGAGACGACGAGAUCAGCAUCAAAUGUACCUCAGAUAACACCUGGGAACAACUUCUAUCCUGGGACUUAUCAAGUUGAAGUUAAUGGACAAUUUGUUGAUUCGAUAGCUCUCCAAAUCGGUGGAGUUUACACUUUGCAAAUUUAUGUGACUGAUAAUCGUACGAGAAUAGGUCUCACAACAAUUACUCCACCAAAUUCUGUUCAUAUGUUGUGGCUUCUUCCUCAGUAUAUGGUGAUGACGAUCGGUGAAGUUAUGUUUUGUGUUACGGGACUUAGAUUUGUCUUUGUCCAAGCCCCAUCGACGAUGAAGGCACUUCUUCAAGCUGCCUGGUUAAUGACUAUUGCCAUUGGUAAUCUCAUCGUCGUGAUCAUUGCUAAAGCAAAAAUGUUCGACCGACAGGCGUUGGAGUUUUUCUUCUUCGUUGGAUUAAUGACCCUGAGCAUGGGGCUGUUAACAAUAAUGGGGAAGACCUACGAGUAUAAGAAUUUUGACGAUGACAGUUCACACAGUCAAUGCAAAAAUUCUGGGACAGCCCGGGAGGAGACGCAUCGCCAUGGCAAGACUACUACUGAUCCUGAAGAAACCGUCAAGUUAUGGAACUUUAAUGAUGGAACUUCCUGUUAGUUAAUUUUAGUAUAUUUUAUAUAAUUAAUUAUAAUAGUAUUCACACGGUUAUAUCCAUGUCCUUAUCGUGGAGAGGAGGGUAAAAACGUCAAAAUUCGUAAUGAU